UUUGAAUUUGUUGUCAAGUCAAAAUUUAUAAAUUCCUGACAUGCAAAUUAAUCAUGUCGGUCAAUAAGACAUCAUUUAUAAAACAAGCAAAAACUAAGAAAUCAGCAGAUUUUGCUGGUAGUACGGUACCUGACUUUAUUCAGAAGCUAUUUAGAAUGUUGGAGAAUGAUUCUUCAGAAAACACCCUGUCUUGGGGACCUGAUGGAACAACUUUUAUUGUCAAGGAUACAAUUGAAUUCUCGAGGACGGUCUUGCCGAAACAUUUUAAACAUUCCAAUUUUGCAAGCUUCGUUCGACAGUUAAAUAAGUAUGAUUUUCAUAAAGUAAGGCAACUAGAAGAAGGACAAAAGACAUUUGGUGAUCAGGCUUGGGAGUUUGUUCAUCCUAAAUUUGUUCGACAUCGCAAGGAUCUAUUGGAAGAGAUUAAGAGAAAGGUGCCUGGAGCAAACACGAUAAAGCAACCAAAAAAAGGGGAAAAGGAAAACGAGAAUAUAAACAUGUCCACGAUGGAAGAAAUACAGGCUAUGACAGAAAAGCUUAUUAGUGAAAUGAAUGAACUUCAAACCAAUCGUACGGCCUUGGAAAAUGAUAUUUCAAGAUUAUCCCAAAGGGAUCAAGAAAUCAUGAACGAACUAAGCCGUUUAAAUGCUAAUCUUGCGGCCAAAGAUGGUCUCGUCAAAGAGUUCCUCGGCUUGAUAGAGUCUUCACAAGGAAAUGUCAACAUAAGUCAGCAGGAAACACAAAAAUGGAUGAACUCUUACCACAAAAUAUCUAAAACAAACGCGGAACAGAUUGAAAAAAUGAAUAAAGAACUGGGCUUAAAGAGUAAAGCCUUAACGAAUGAUGAACAACAAAGACAUCAACAUAGAGCUAUAAAGAGAAUAAAGAUGGAGGAGACAGCGCCGCUUCCACCAUCACCUCAGCCCAUACCUAUAAACAAUGGAUUUGACAAUAGCUCUUUAUCUGAAGCAGCAGCGGCAGCGGCCGCAGCUAGUAUGAACGCUGGAAGCUUGAUCGGAUCCCCGUUAAAGACCGCGGAUGGGCUCACAUUCGUCACUCUUGGUAGACUUUCGUCCAAUAUGUCCGUACGCGAUAAUAAGCCAGCAAUUGAAAUCAUGGCUGCCGAUCAAACACCAACACUGGCCACAAGUUUACAGAGACCAACCAUCGGCAUGAAACGUAAGCCAUCUUCUGGUCUGUCGUCAUCUUCACCGGUCAGCUGGACUGUUCCUCCCAGAAUAUUGCUUGUAGAUGAUGACUCUGUUUAUCGCGAUUUGAGUGAGAAAUUAUUACAAGUGUUUGGAUGCACGAUAGACCUAGCAAAGGAUGGCGUGGAAGCAUUAAAAAAGAUGGGCUUGGAAAAAUAUGAUUUGAUUUUAAUGGAUAUUGUCAUGCCAAGAAUGGAUGGUGUAUCUGCUACAAGAAGUAUCCGUCAAUAUGACGCCCUUACACCUAUUAUCUCCAUGACAUCCAACUUUACAGACAAUGAUAUCAUGCAGUAUAUAGGAAGUGGAAUGACAGAUAUAUUGCCCAAACCAUUUUCUAAGCGUACGCUUUACCAGAUGUUGGAUAAAUAUUGUGCACAUCUAAAAUCGAUCCAAAGGGUUCAGGUCACAUCAGAUAAUACAACAUCUAUACCCCGUGCCCUGAACAUACUACCAAUGGGUGAUACUGACAGUAUAGCUUCAUCCUCUACAUCCCCUACGACCAAUCAGCACCCUUCUACAGCUUCUUAUCCUUUCAAGCCAUCAUCCAGUGCCACUACUCCUACUGUCACAUCCAACACACCCCCAACUACUACCACUACUACCGCCACUACCACUACUGCUGCUGCUACCAGUACACCUACUGUAUUUCCUCUUGCGCCAUAUCCAUACCCUAUUACAAUGAAUUCUGUUCCCACUGACGUCAGUAGCAAUAUUAGUCCUAUUGGGCACAACGAUAUACCAAAUGUUACACUCUGGCCACAGCAACCAAAUCAGCACCUGGAUACACCACCAGCAAUUAUUGCAAACGAUGGUAAAUUCACUUGGGCAAUGCCUACGACAAGGAACAAUAAUAAUAGCAGUAACCAGAGAAAUUGAGCUUUUUUUUUAUAUUUAUUUUGAAAGAUGCUAAUAAAAACCAUGUAAAUACUUGCU